CUCUGCACCUCCAGAGCUUCGCUGCUCCCGCCUCGCUGCACCCAGCAUGGACCCCCUCCUCCACAUCCAAGCGGAGGAUGUCUACUAUAUGAGGAAGCUGGUCAACGACUCGUCCCUCUGGAACCUCAGCUUGGGCGAGUGGUUCCACAAUGGGACAGCGGAUGGCUUCCUGCCUAUGGGCAUCAAGGUCACAAUUGUCAUCGUCUACUCCAUCGUCUGCAUCGUGGGGCUGGUGGGGAAUUGCUUGGUCAUGUAUGUGAUCAUCAGGUUCACCAAGAUGAAGACGGCAACCAACAUCUACAUCUUUAACCUGGCCCUGGCUGAUACCUUGUGCCUGAUAACUUUGCCUUUCCAAGGCACCGAUACCUUCCUAGGUUCCUGGCCGUUUGGAAAUGCUCUCUGCAAGAUUGCCAUCUCCAUUGACUACUACAACAUGUUCACCAGUACCUUCACGCUGACGAUGAUGAGCGUGGACCGAUAUAUCGCCAUCUGCCACCCUAUCAAGGCCCUGGAUAUCCGCACUCCCCACAAAGCUAAAGUCGUCAACGUCUGCAUCUGGGCUUUGGCCUCCGUCUUUGGCAUUCCCGUGAUGGUGAUGGGAUCGACCGAGAACGAAAACGACGAGAUCGACUGCCUGAUCAGACUCCCCGAACCUGUGAAUUAUUGGGAUCCAAUAUUUGGGAUCUGCAUAUUCCUCUUCUCCUUUAUGAUCCCCGUCAUGGUGAUCACCAUUUGCUACAGCCUCAUGAUCAGGCGCCUGAAGAACGUCCGUGUUCUCUCCGGAUCAAAGGAGAAGGACAGGAACCUCCGCCGCAUUGCUCGGCUGGUCCUGGUGGUGGUGGCUGUUUUCAUAAUCUGCUGGACCCCCGUCCACAUCUUCGUCCUGGUCCGGUGCCUUGGGGCCAAGGCUGACAACGAGUUCAAGCUGGCCAUCUUGUACUUUUGCACCGCCCUGGGCUACACCAACAGCUGCCUGAACCCGGUGCUCUACGCUUUCUUGGACGAGAACUUUAAGACCUGCUUCAAGAAGUUCUGCUUCCCGUCUGCCUUCCGAAAGGAGUUGCAGAUGUCCAACCGCAUGUGCAGUAUUGCCAAGGAUGUGGCUUAUGCCUGCAAGAACUCGGAUGGGACUAACAAUCCGGCAUGACUAGGCGUGGAAAUCCCCAUGGUACCUGUCAGCCAGCAAAGCCCGACGACCCCCACGUCGGAGUUGACUCAGAUAACAGCUCUUUGAAGUACUAGUGUUUUGGCCCACAGGCAGCCAGGAGGAAGAACAUAGGAGAGCAUCAAUUUCACCAUGAUACAGAAAAGUGACUUCAGAUUGACACUCUUCUUUCUCUCUAAAGGCUGCAUUUGGUUACGCCUCUUGGGUUCUGUAAGGCUACAGGUCCUGUAGACUUUGCUUGCUUUGCACGCACGCACGCACAGAGAGAGACAAUUUGUUUUGAAACGAAGGAGGCAAUGCCCAACGUGGGCAAGGAACAUUUCAUCACUAUGUACAGCUUGAGUGACUUCAACACAUCAUCAGGCAGGGAAUCAAUUGAGAAAACAUAACCUGGGGAUUUCCUAUGUGCUCUAAAAAUCAAGCUUCAUUGGAGCUACAGGCCAGAAUGUUCGUUGAGACGGAACAAUUUCCCCAAAAUGUUCACGAGAACACGAUGGCACACCUUGCACCGUUCAUUUCUGCCUCGAGCAAGGGAGAUCCAGAAGGAUCUCUUCAUGCAUGGAUACAGGAUAAAGACC